GCCAAAACUAUCUGGAGGAAAGGGACCAAGAGCAGGUCUUGUUUGGCGUCUGGGCUCACCUGAUACCUGUGGCACAGCAAAUCCGCAGUCAUGAAGAUCCUUUACCUGCUCUUUUCUCUCCUCUUCUUGGCACUCCAGGUUUCUCCAGGUUUGUCUUCACCCCAGCGGGACAUGUUUUUCUGUAGAAGUGGGUCCUGUUACUUUGGAAGAUGUCCCCCCUCUCUGACUAAAGUUGGGAGAUGUUUUGGAUUUCGAUCCUGCUGCAAGGCUUUUCACAGGCCAUGGAAUCAAUAAAAACUUCAUGGAUUGUCCAUUCAAGAGCGAUGAACAUUUCUUCUAAACCUAGGAAUUUGCUUUGAAUCCCCUUACUGUGAAAACCACCGGAUCCUGCUACAAAGCCUCAUGCACCUUUCGUAUUCAGUGCAAAAAGCUUUAUGAUGUAGAGUAAAUCCAAAUGUAUUCUGCAUUGCUUUCCCUCCUUUUGAAUAAAUUGUUGCUCAGCAUUCACAUCA